GCGUCUAUUCGCUGCUUGGCAAAAGGCGGUCGAUUCUUGGAAAUAGGAAAAUAUGACUUGAUCGCCGAUAAUACUUUAGACAGAAUGAUUUUUGCGAAAGGCAUCAGUUUCCAUGCAAUUAUGUUAGACAAUAUAAUAAGUUCCGUCUCAAAGAAUUACGGAAUUAUAUAUAAUUAUAUGUUACAAUGUCUGAAAAAUGGCUCGAUAAAACCUCUUCCUAGGAAAGUCUUUGAAAAGACCGAAGUAGAAGAUGCCUUCAGGUAUAUGGCAACUGGCAAGCACAUAGGAAAGAUCCUGAUAAAGAUAUGCGAUGAAAACGAGCCAUUGAGUCUUCCUAUUCUCGCUUAUCCCCGAUUUUUCUGCAAGUCUCAUAUGUCCUACAUCAUUUUGGGCGGAUUAGGCGGCUUUGGUCUAGAAUUGGCCGACUGGCUUAUUCUUCGCGGAGCAAAGAAUCUUCUUCUCACUUCGCGGACAGGAUUGCGAAACGGUUACCAGCGCUCGAGGGUAGAAUUAUGGAAGUCCUACGGGGUGAAUGUGCAGAUUAUCGCGAGUGCUGAAGCGUCUGAUCACAAGGACGGCGUGUCCAUCCUGAACACUGCCAUUGAAAUGGGACCGGUGGACGCUAUAUUCAAUCUUGCCGUAGUGCUGAAAGAUUCUCUCUACAAGAAUCAGACAACUGAGUCCUUCGAGGAAUCAUUUAAACCGAAAGCAAUGGCGACGAAAACAAUGGACGAGUUGUCCAGGAAAAUGUGCCCUGACCUCCGAUACUUUGUUGUCUUCUCAUCCGUUUCGUGUGGCCGAGGAAACUCCGGCCAAACUAAUUACGGUAUGGCCAAUUCCAUCAUGGAGAGAAUAUGCGAGAGAAGAGUACAAGACGGAUUACCUGGGAUGGCUAUACAGUGGGGCGCGGUGGGUGAUGUGGGUCUCGUGGCCGAUAUGCAAGAGGACAAUAAGGAACUGAUCAUCGGCGGUACUCUACAACAGAAAAUACAAUCCUGUCUUCAGUCGCUGGACACUUUCAUGGUUCUAAAUAAGCCGAUCGUGGGUAGUAUGGUUGUGGCAGAGAAGCGCGCGACAUUUGGUGGAGUGAUGGACAUUGUGGAAACUGUAGCUAGUAUCAUGGGUAUAAAAGAUGUGAAAACGGUAAGACUUCGCACACCACUGUCAGAGAUCGGUAUGGAUUCAAUGACGGCGGUAGAGAUCAAGCAAACGUUGGAGAAAGAAUUCGACGUUUAUCUUACCGCGCAGGACAUUAGAACUCUCACUUUGGAGAAACUCCACAAUAUGGCCGACAAAGACAAGCGUUUUGAGCAGACUGAGACACUCGAUUCGGCGGGUACAAAAUUUUUAAUUCGUUUAAGCAAUAAUUUAGACAUAGUUCCAGAUGUUUGCUUGGAGAUAACUACGAGAAAUAAAGUGGGCACAAAGCGGAUAUUUCUUCUACCAGGAAUCGAAGGUUGUGGGAACGUAUUUAAUUCGUUGGCUUCGAAAAUCGAAGGUCCCGUGAUAUGCUUGCAGCACGGAGCAAACAAUAUCCCCACGAGUGAAUCUGUAUUGCAGUCGGCUGCCAGUUUGUUACCUCAUAUAAUAUCAAAAAUGGAGGAUUCUGCGGAAUUCAUAAUAGUUGGGUAUUCAUACGGGUCGUUAAUCGCUAUCGAGUUGACGCGAUUGUUGGAGGCGAGAAAUUUCACAGGACGGUUAAUAUUAAUUGAUGGCACACCGGAUUAUAUGAAAACUCUGAAAGAUCAAUAUUUUCCUUUCACGAAUCUUCAGGAAUUUCAGAAUAAUGUUCUCCUAGGCCUUAUAGAUCUCUUCUACUCUGUCGAUAAUACAUCGGUUUUAUUAGAAUUGUCUAAACACGACACGUGGGAGAAAAAAUGGGAUGCUGUCGUCAAAUGUCUUUCAGACGAUAUUGUGCAAGUAACUUCUCUUGAAAAUUACAAGAUUUAUUGUACAACGGUUUAUAAGCAUCUGAUCGCUAUUCACGAGUAUGAUGCGUCCUCAUCACCGCCACUGAAAUCGCCUAUACUAUUACUAAAACCUACAACGUCCUACCUGCCUUCUGCCGACGAAAAUAGCGACUUGAAAAAGGUAACUGAAGGUAACGUGCAAGUUCGUCGUAUCGAAGGUAAUCAUCUCACGAUGUUGGAAAAUGAUGAACUUGCUGAUAUUAUUAACGAAAUAUUAUCUUGAGAAGUUAAUCUUUAUAAUGUUACAAAAGUUCGUAAUUCUGUAAAUCGAAGGUAUCAAGGUGUGUGGAAAUGGAAGGAGAAUACGCAGAAUAUUUAUUGUAAACAAGGCAAUAAUAAAAUAU